AUGGCCACGAAGUCGCUCAAGAUCAUGUUUCUAGGUGCACCAGGUGCUGGAAAAGGCACGUACGCGUCUCGUAUUGCGCCCGUGCUUCAGAUCCCUACGAUUUCUACAGGGGAUCUAGUUCGUUAUGAAAUUAAGACUCACACAAUGCUCGGUGCUAAGAUUAAAGAAUAUAAUAAUCGUGGGGCACUUGUACCUGACGAGAUUAUUCUAGACAUGAUGGAGAAACGACUUGCAAUGAAAGAUGCUCAAAGAGGUUUUAUUUUGGAUGGAUUUCCGCGUAAUGUGCCUCAGGCUGAAGCUUUCCAAAUGGUGACCAGACUGGACCUGGUAGUAAACAUUGAUUUACCCGUGUGGAUCCUUACGGACAAGAUUAGUGGGAGAAGGGUAUGCACCAAGUGUGGUCAAGGCUACAAUCUAACAUUUAUCAAUCAAGGAGAAUAUUACAUGCCUCCUUUAUUGCCAAAAGUAGAAGGAAUAUGUGACGUGUGUGGCACUUCAUCGCUCAUUCAACGUUUGGAUGACUUGCCAGAGACUUUUAAACAAAGAUUGGAGGUGUACAAUCAGGAGACAGCGCCAUUGAUUGAUUUUUAUACGAACAAAGGCAGUUUGAUAACAUUUAAGGCAAAGAAGGGACUUGCGGACCUAGGCAAGCUUGUGACUCUCAUUAACAAAGAGCUGCACGUGUAG